UGAGAACCAGUUUGACAGUGACAGCUAACGAGAUUGUAUUCGAAAACGAUUUCGUUUCAUUUACGUGGAGAGAAUGUUCGUUUGAAUUUUUAGAUUUAAGUUAAAUCAUUUUCAAACUGGAAUCAAAGCAAUGAGGAAAAAAUCAUUUUCCGAAAAAAAUUACUUUGGAUAAAAAUUAGACGUGAAAUUAACAAGCCCAGAUUGUCUAACUCAAGUGAAGACUUUUGGUUUUUUUUAUCAAUUUUUAUCCAUAAAAUUCAUUUGAUUCUUCAUUUUUAUUCAAAUCCAAGAACUGCCCUUGUAUAAACCCAGAAAUUUUAUUGCUGUUCGCCACUUUUCUGCCUUAAAAUCUCAAAAAAAAAUUUCAAUUCAAAAUCCAAUUCUUCCCUUUGUACUAACAACUGAGUCGGUUCAGUUUCAACGUAUUGGCGCGAAGUAUAUUCAAAGUCGUGCGUAGUGUCAUGUCCUAACCUUAAAAUAGGUAACAUUCAAUCGCAAUUUCAGCAACAACAAUCAAACACAAACGCAUCUCAGUUGGCGGCAAAUGGUUUGUGCCAAACAAUGUGAGUUAUUUUGUUGUCAUUCGCAUUAGAAUCGAAACAACGGAAGAAUAUUAAACAUAAGCGCGGAAAAGUUGUGAAUUUCAUGAAAACAUUGCCGUGAAAUGGCUGUUGAAUUGAUUAAGUUCGAGGCGACUCGUAUUGUGUUCGGGGGAAUUGCUACCAAACCGACGGAACGCGUCAGCUUGCACGACAAAUGUCUACGGAUUGUGAUGCCGAGUCCUGCGAAUCCCGAGGAAAAUGUCACAUUGAUCAUUGAAAAGAAGCACAUUGUCAAGCUCGUUUGCAAUUUCGAAGAAGAAGCCAUUCUGGUGUUUCACGUUCAAACGGAAUGCAUUGAAAAUCUACGGAGCCUGUACGAGGAAAGCACAUCACCAAUGCAAAAUUGGAUUGUCAUGGAAACUGAACCGCUAGACGAUGUCAUCAAAGGGAAGCUCAAGCAAUUUUUCUCGAUUUAUGAUGAGAUUCCUCGUGAUGGUGUUCGGCUUUUUGCAAAAAUAAAGAUGAAACCAAGAGCUGUGAAAGUGGAAAAGAAGCGUAAUCCGUUGAAAAAGCAACUGAGCAAGAAUAACAACAACGAGAGCAAUAUUGAUCACAUUGUGUCGUAUCCAUCGAGUGGUGCCGGUGCUAUUUCGAUCACAGUGCCCGAUUUUCAGUGUUUGGCCGUCGAUGAAUUUUUGAACGAUGUGAUUAUCAACUUUUAUCUUCAGUACAUAGCACGAGAGGUGCUAACACCGGAGCAAGAAGCAAAGACCCACAUUUUCAAUACGUUCUUUUACGAAGCGUUGUCGGCAAGACCGACGAGCGAUUCAACUUCAAACUUUAGGAAUCGUGCCCAUAGGCGUCAUGAGCGUGUUGAAAAAUGGACGAAAAAUGUGAAUCUGUUCGAAAAGGAUUUCGUCAUAGUGCCGAUCAAUCAAAGCAAGCACUGGUUUUUGGCCAUCAUUUGCUUUCCUGGAUUGAAAGAGCCGGAGACAAACGGAGCCGCACGCAAGUCGAGCACGACAAAAUCAACCAAACGUACCAAGGCCAAAGCAUCUUCGAGCGAUGAAGAGGCGAACGAUGACGAAAAUGCUACGACCAAAAGAUCAUGCAUUUUGAUAUUCGAUUCAAUGUCGUCGGGUGUAGACCGCAAAGUAAUUUCGGUUCUUCGUGAAUACUUAGCGUGCGAAUACAAAGUCAAGGUGACAAAUGGCGAUGAUAAAACAUUCGAUGCAACGGCUAUGCCCGGACAUCACGUUAGAGUUCCACGACAGACCAAUUGUUCCGAUUGUGGCCUGUUCAUGCUGCAAUACAUCGAACAAUUCUUCAAGGAUCCGAUAGAAGACUUCGCGAUUCCCAUAAAAAACUUGGACAAUUGGUUCGAUCCAGAGGUCGUAACGAACAAACGUAGAGACAUUGUCCAACUGAUCAAAGACCAAAUGACGCGAAGUGUCGGCCGAUGCAAUAUGUCGAUUGAAGAUCUACCGAACAUUGAAUUGCCCUAAAUGAAAUCAAAUCGCGACGAAUGAUAAACAGAAUCAUAAGCGAUUCGCACUUUUCCUACGGCAUCGUCUUCAACGGUACAAGUAUUGCUGUGAAAUAGAACUUUCUCGCGUAAUAAGUGAAAAAAAAUGUAAUUUUUGCAUUGACGAUAGAGCGUUGUAAUUUAAUUUGAAGCGAAACAAAUCUGAAAUGGUACAAACAGUGUAAAUUUUAAGGACCACUUGUUAUAUUUUUCCGUUAAGACACUAAAUUUUAUUGUUUAAUCAUAGUCCAGUUGUCAGCAUUAAUAUUGGUACAAUCUUUUGCAACAAUUCAGACCAAUUGGUAGAAACAAACCGACAUUGAGUCAAAUUGAUUAAAACCGCAAAACGAUUAUUGCAAAUAAUUAUACCUUUUUCGAUAAAUUUCGUUAUUUUUGUUAAAACAAGUGAUUUAAAUGGUGAAAAAAUUGAUACUCAAACUCGAUAUAUGAAUAAAAUCGAUAUAUUUUUUCAAUAAAAA